GGGGAGGAGGCCGCGCGGGGUGGGGCCCGGAGGGUACGCGCUCGCUGCGUCGACGUGCUGACGCCAUGACGCCCCGACCGGUGUGUCUCGGGAUGUGUGUGUAUGUGUGAGUGUGCGCGCUCCGAGUGUGUGUGUAUUUGUGUAUCGGCGGUCCCGCAGGUCCCGGAUGUUGCGGACAGUAUGAGGCGAGAGCAGGGGGACGGGGACCAGCAGCUGUCGCCGCCGCUCUCAGAGAUUUCCUGUUAGACCAGAUAAAUUAGAGUCUUCCUACUGACUUGACUUGGGUGAAAACAGAUAUCUUUGCCCCCUGACUUUGGAAAUCUCGCGUAACCUUCAAACUGGCGAUGUCAAGGGUUCCAAGUCCUCCACCUCCGGCAGAAAUGUCGAGUGGCCCUGUAGCUGAGAGCUGGUGCUACACACAGAUCAAGGUAGUGAAAUUCUCCUACAUGUGGACCAUCAAUAACUUUAGCUUUUGCCGGGAGGAAAUGGGUGAAGUCAUUAAAAGUUCAACCUUUUCAUCAGGAGCCAAUGAUAAACUGAAAUGGUGUUUGCGAGUAAACCCAAAAGGACUAGAUGAAGAAAGCAAAGAUUACCUGUCACUUUACUUGUUACUGGUCAGCUGUCCAAAGAGUGAAGUUCGGGCAAAAUUCAAAUUCUCCAUCUUGAAUGCCAAGGGAGAAGAAACCAAAGCUAUGGAGAGUCAACGGGCAUAUAGAUUUGUGCAAGGCAAGGACUGGGGAUUCAAAAAAUUCAUCCGUAGAGAUUUUCUCUUGGAUGAGGCCAACGGGCUUCUCCCUGAUGACAAGCUUACCCUCUUCUGUGAGGUGAGUGUGGUGCAAGACUCUGUCAACAUUUCUGGCCAGAAUACCAUGAAUAUGGUGAAAGUCCCUGAAUGCCGGUUGGCUGAUGAAUUAGGAGGACUCUGGGAGAAUUCCCGGUUCACAGACUGUUGUUUGUGUGUGGCUGGCCAGGAAUUCCAGGCUCACAAAGCUAUCUUAGCAGCACGUUCUCCAGUUUUUAGUGCCAUGUUUGAACAUGAAAUGGAGGAGAGCAAAAAGAAUCGGGUUGAAAUCAAUGAUGUGGAGCCUGAAGUUUUUAAGGAAAUGAUGUGCUUCAUUUAUACGGGGAAGGCUCCGAACCUUGACAAAAUGGCUGAUGAUUUGCUGGCAGCUGCUGACAAGUAUGCCCUGGAGCGUUUAAAGGUCAUGUGUGAGGAUGCCCUCUGCAGUAACCUUUCAGUGGAAAAUGCAGCAGAGAUUCUCAUCCUGGCUGACCUCCACAGUGCAGAUCAGUUGAAAACUCAGGCCGUGGAUUUCAUCAACUAUCAUGCUUCGGAUGUCUUGGAGACCUCCGGGUGGAAGUCAAUGGUGGUGUCACAUCCCCACUUGGUGGCUGAGGCAUACCGUUCUCUGGCUUCAGCACAGUGCCCUUUUCUGGGGCCCCCACGCAAACGCCUGAAGCAGUCCUAAGAUCCUGCCUGUUGUAAGACUCCAUUUAUUUUCCAGAAGCAGCAGCCGUUGUUGCUGCCACUGACCACCAGGUAGACAGCGCAAUCUGUGGAGCUUUUACUCUGUUGUGGGGAAAAAAGACCGCAUCAUGGCACCAGACUUUUAAAACAGCACUAAAUAACUUGGGGAAGUGGGGGGAGGGAAGGGCUCGGGACUCGGGGCUAUUCAACCUAAUGAAAACCCUGUUGCUGAGUCACUGUGUUCCUUUGGCCUGGCCGAGUUUGAGACUGUGGGGAUUCAGUGUAGGCACUGGCCCGGAGGACAUCCAGCCAUGGUACUCCGGAGAAACCUGUCUGCAUCUGACUGAGCAGAAAAAAUCUUCAGGUGCCUGGAGCAAAAAGGAAAAAAAAAAAAAAGGACAUUUAGUUUUAAGAGAAGGGAACAGAAAAGGAAAGAAGAAAGGAUUUUUGAAGAAUUUCUCAAAAAUCAGUUUGUGGAAGAUUCCGGUAGUAUUUAUGUUGAGAGAAACAAAUUUUAGUCCUUCCAGCUGUGGAUAUUUGUAAAAACUCACCACCAUACACCUCUCCGAAGAGCUCUCGUGUUGUUAGCACUUAUUGUUUGCAAGAACAGAACACAUCCUUUUAUCCUUUUAUGAAAAAUGACAAGGGACAGUGAAAGAGGGAAGGAGGUUAUUUGAUCAGGAAAAUGAGUAUUCUGAUGUGGUGGCUUUUGCAAAGAUCUUUAUGGGUCUUGAAAACUGGAAAAAAUGGUUCAUCCAGAAUUCUUACUGUCUUGACAAGAACUAUGGUUCUGUUUUUAGAUAUUGUGGAAAAUGUUUUUUGGCAUUUUUCUCUGCUUUUAUUUCACCUCCUUCCCCCCACCCUUUUUUCUAAAAAAAAAAAAAAAAAAAAAAAACAAACAACAAUAAGAAGACAAGAGGAAAUUUUAUUGUUUAUUAAUGAGGUGUGAGAACCCCAGCCCGGAUUGCUCAGCUGUUUGUACCUGACUUGCUGCCUGCACAGGAGCCAGGCCUGUUCCUUCUGAGUAGCCCCUCUUCCUGCAGGGGAGGACUUCCAAAUGUUAAUUUUUUUCUUUUUGAAAAUAUAAAUAAUUACUAUUUUGUACUGUGUGGUAUCUCUGGUCUUUUGUUUCAUUUACCUGGCUUGUCUCUUUGGUCAGAGCCCCUUGCUGAAUGGAUUUUGAAGUCUUAUUUGACCCGUCAGCUUGCAGAAAGUAUAUUUGAAAUGUCCAGGCAGUAGAAAUCUAUUGAGUCUCCAUAAUCUCGAGUUUUCCUUGUGAGCUCUGGCCUCUUGUCCACCUCCUUGAGUAUCGCACAGGCAUCAGGUCUCUACUCCGCCGGGGCAAGUAUGGAAGUGGACUUUUCUGCACCCUGUUUUAAGAACCAACCCCUAAUCUCCCAUCUCCUGACUAAAUAUAAAAAGAUAAAGGGAACUUGGAUGUAGAGAUUAAAUAAAGGGAAAUUCUUGUUUCU